AUGAUGCUCCGCCGCACGCCGUUGGCUGCGGCCGCCGCGCUCGCCGCACUUCUGCUGCUGCCUUUUGUGGAUCACGCAGCCGCCCAGAAGACAGCGACAGUGGGUAUCGUGGGUGCUGGGUUUGCCGGCAUCCGUGCCGCCAGCAUCCUGCAGGCUGCAGGCGUAGACUACAUCGUGCUCGAGGCCAGCGACAGGGUGGGCGGCCGUGUGCGCCAGACUGAGAUCCUGCCGUAUGGCGGCGCCAACCUUGGACCCAACAAGGAGUUCGUGGAGCUGGGCGCCAACUGGGUCCAGGGCCUUACGGGCAACCCAAUCUACGACCUGGUCAAGACUUGCGGCCUGAAUGGCACCCCCCAAAACUGGGACUCUGUCAUCACUUUUGACGAGGCUGGCAAGCCCCUGCCUGACAACAAGAUCCCCUGGCGCCAGUUUGACACAGCUAUGAAGUGCGCCGCGUCGACCGUGAAGCAGGCGAUUGAGAGCAACGCCUAUGGCGACCUUGACGUACGUGCGGCCUACCGCGUUUGCGGCUGGAACCCUGUGAAGCCCAUCGAUUACGCGGUCGAGUGGUACAGCGUCAACUUUGAAUGGUCCGAGACCGCCGAGAUGAUCUCUUCUCGCUUCACGCAGCCGGACAACGUCUACUCAGAUUUUGAGGAUGCUGACAUCUUUGCCAACCAGCAAACAGAGCUCGGCCUUGCCAAGCUCGUCACCUGCCUGGCCAGCCGCUCAAACGUCACCAGCAACAAAAUAAAGCUGAACACCAAGGUGACCUCUUUCGCCAUCACCAACCAAGACAAGGUGACCGUCAAGACUACCGGGGACACCUACACAUUUGAUUACGUCAUCAACACCAUGCCGAUCGGCCACCUGCAGCGCAACCUCGACACGCUGUUCCCCACCUCGCUCAUCACACCUGCCAAGCGGGCCGCCCUGAUGCAGUUCCGCAUGGGCACUUACACCAAGAUCUUCCUGAAGUUUGAGAGCACCUUCUGGGACCCGACAACCCAGUUCAUCCUCCAGGCACCCAACAAUGGUGCUUCCAACACGCUCCUCUGGCAGAGCCUGAACCCGAGCUCAGGCGGCUUCCUGCCAGGCUCAAACAUCCUGUUCAUGACGGCAAGUCUCACCGACGUCAUGGCGGCCUCCAUUGAGAACUUGUCUGACGAACAAAUCCUCCAGAACAUGAUCCAGCGCCUGCAGCAGAUCUACCCCCAGGCCAACACCACGUCGCCCUACAGGCUCAUCGGCUAUGUCAUCCCCCGCUGGUACACCAACGACCUGUUCGGUGGAAGCUUCACCAACUGGCCGGCGGGCAUGGGCCUCGACGCCUACGAGCUCUGGAGGGCGCCCGUCGGCACCCCCGACUCCCUGGCAAGGCCGGGCAAGAUCCUCUUCUCGGGCGAGGCCGCCUGCAGGCGCAUGAACGGCUAUAUGUCGGGUGGCUACGGCGCUGGUGAGAGGAGCGCCAACCAGAUUCUCAAGGCCCUGGGCAAGUUUGCCGGCGACCCCGAUGAGAACAUCUGCGAGCGCAAGCUCACCUCCAAUGGCAAGCCGCUCGGCAACAAGGCUCGCGGCUCUGGCCGCGCCGUUUAA